CAGAGAACCAGACACGACGUCUGACAAUCUGUCAUUUCGCAAAGCUCGCGCAAGACCAAAAAUUUUGCUUUUUGGUUGAUAGAUCAUCACCUGCACAUACGUCGCUGUCUCUAUAUAAAUCAGCAGCCGACAAUCUCCCCAGAGCCUCCCUCAUCCAUUACCUCUAAGACCUCGUUGGUGCAACUUCGUUGUGUCAGCCAUGGCUGGACCUCGGCUCAUCCCCAUCAUCGUCGGUGUGGGCGACGUCUGCAAUAAGUCGCUCCAGGUCGCCGACGCCUUCGAGCCCGCCGAGCUCAUGACCAGGGCCAUCAAUGCGGCACUCAAAGACUCUGGAAUCGCCAAGCACGACUUCACAGCACAACUCGACAGCAUCUCGGUGGUGCCGCCCUGGACGUGGCCCUAUCCGGAUCUUCCUGGGCUACUGGCGCAGAAACUGGGGUCAAGUCCUAGCCACAAGGAUAUUGGCAAGUAUCAUGGGGGAAACCAGCCAGCCCUUCUGUGCGACGAGGCUGCGCGCCGUGUUGCCACCGGCCAGGCUCGCCUCGCAGUCGUCACUGGUGGUGAAGCUUUGGCAUCCCUGGCAGCUUGUCAGAAGGCCGGCAAGUUCCCACCGCCUGGAUGGGCGACUCCCGACCCGUCUUCAAGCACAAUCAGUGCCAGCGAUAGCUCGAGACUGGGACAGAGUAUUGGCGGUCGUCAUUCUGUCGGACUCCCCCUUCACGUGUACCCCAUGUACGAGAACGGCUUCCGCAGCCAUGAAGGGCAGACUUUUGCCGAAAACACGAGCGAGUCUGCCGAUAUGUACGCCGCGUUUGACGCGAUAGCCUGCAAGCAGCCUUACAGCUGGCGAUCCGGAGCAUCGCCAAAGACUGCGAGUGACAUUGGCACCCCGACACCCAAGAAUCGCAUGAUCUGCAUGCCUUACCCCCUGCUGAUGAACGCGUUCAACACUGUCAAUUUGUCCGGAGCCUGCAUCUUGACCUCCACUGAACAUGCACGAAAGCUUGGUAUCCCCGAGGAGAAGUGGGUGUACAUCUUGGGCGGCGCUGGGACAAGUGAUAGCAGCCAGUUUUGGGAUCGACCCAACUACUUCUCCAGUCCUGCACUCACCCAGUCCAUUGAUGCUGCCCUCGAGGCCUCUGGCAUCACGAAGAAUGACAUUGACUGUUUCGACAUUUAUUCUUGCUUUCCAAUUGUGCCCAAGCUGGCAUGUAAGCAUCUCGGCCUGAGUGUCACACGGCCGGAGAAGCCCAUCACGGUGCUCGGCGGCUUGACGUCCUUUGGCGGCGCCGGCAACAACUAUUCCAUGCACGCCAUAACCGAGAUGACUCGUCUGAUCCGCAAGAGUGAAGUCAAGACGGGGUUGAUUCUGGCCAAUGGCGGCAUGCUGACGUAUCAACAUGCUCUUUGUUUGUCCAAGGGCGCUCGCAGAGAGGCCUCCCCUUACCCGUCGAAGAAUCCCCUGCCAGAGUUCAGCAAGGGUGUCAUCGCUCCGCCUGUGUCGGAGAAGCCGCAAGGCCGGGCAAUUAUCGAGACAUACACGGUCGACUUUGACCGACAGGGCAAGCCGAACCAGGGAUUUAUUGUUGGGCGCCUCGAGUCUGGAGACAGAGCUCGUUUUGUGGCAAAUCACGGGGACGACUCAACGCUGGCCAGACUCACGGACAUGACACGCGAGCCAAUCGGAUGCCGUGGCCUGGUCAAGCAGGGCGAGGACGGCAGGAACUUGUUUUUCGUCGACCAAGAUGGCAAGCUGUGAGACAGGGCACUCGGAGUGGAAGUGUUUACGAUGGGGUUGCGGAUCUCAUGAUCCGAGGUGCCGGAGGUUGAACCACGAACCACGAGGGGAGCAGCGGGCUUGUUGCUGUCAGGCAGUAUCUUGACAUGAAGAAUAAACAAAUUCCAGCGACCUGUGACAUGGUUGGCUGUCUUGUCCGCCAGGCACCAGCCCUACCAGGGGGUGCAGGUCCCCAUGCAGGUCCCCGAGCGGAAUCUCGAGCGGCUCCCUAGCUGGCGCCUGUUGGCGCCAUUGUUUUACCACUAGAGUCCCUGUGACAACCAGAGGCCUCCGUGACGGCUCCAUGCGGCAGGAUACUGCCAGGCAGCCAUAUUCCCCUUCCGUCGGAGGACUCAAUAUGCGCCACCCGAUACAAUUGGUAUG